AGAACGUGCUGGGACCCGGAUGCGUGAGGACAGCUAUUAGAUCCGAGCACUAUUCACGGUUUAAGCUGUCAGUCUACAGAAAGCCGUCAAUACAGGUUAAGACAGGGAAGGAAGGGUCUCUCACUGUCACUUGACAUGUAAUUAGUGAUGAUGGGGUCAGGGGUUUCAUCAGCCAAACCCCCCUCCACACCUGCAGCCAAGUGUGCGACGGCCCCAAUGUCUGGAAAUGAAGAGCGCACGUUCAUUGCCAUCAAGCCUGAUGGAGUGCAGAGGGGACUUAUCGGAGAGAUCAUAAAGCGUUUCGAACAGAAGGGCUUCAAGUUAGUUGCUAUGAAGUUAAUCCAGGCCGAUGAGGAUCUUCUGAGACAGCACUACUGUGACCUGAAGGAUCGGCCUUUCUUUCCAGGGCUUGUCAGUUUUAUGUCCUCUGGCCCUGUGGUUGCCAUGGUGUGGGAGGGUUUUAACGUUAUAAAAACCGGCAGAGUAAUGCUCGGCGAGACUAAUCCCAUUGACUCCAAGCCUGGGACUAUCCGAGGUGACUUUUGUGUUCAGGUUGUCCGGAACAUCAUUCACGGCAGUGAUUCUGUCGAAAGUGCCAACGGCGAGAUCAACCUGUGGUUCAAACCAGAGGAGAUCUGUGACUACACCAAAUGUCAGGACAGCUGGCUCAAUGGCUGAACACUUUCUUCUUCUUCUGCACUUUUCUCCCUCCCGGGUGCUUCUGAUUUAAAUCAACCCAUUUUCAUUUUUAUUCCCACUGUUUCUGGUGUUUUGUCUUUACAAUAAAACCAAAAAUCAUUUCUAUGCCACGAGUUCAAACAACAGCUUCAAUGAUCCAAUACUAUAUAAUAAAACAAAUGUUAGAGCCACUUUGACAUGAGCAGUCUGAGGAUAGCUCUCGUGACGAUUUUAUUAAACAUAAUACUUCAAGUAGUUCAAAUCAAUGAAUUAGAGGCCUAUUUUUACUUACUGUAUGGUACUGGUGGCCCCACUCAGGCAAAGCAACAUAGCGCAAUGCCGCACAAAGCACUGCAGUAAGGAAUGAACUUGGGAAAUAAAGUACACAGUGCUCAUUUAAAUGAUACUGUAGCACCAACGGUGCUGUCCAUUAAAAUAUCAUUAUGCCACGUAAUCCAAAACCAAUAAUUCCAGAUUGUUGCUUACAAAAAGAAAGCAUGCAAGAACAGGAUGGUCUUCUCACAGUUUUUACAUAUACAAUUCUUUUGAACAAAGUAGUUUACAUCAAACAGUUAGAGAAAGGUCUCUUUCAGUCAAGUGCUAGUUGUCCUGCCAGUGUACAGUACAUGCAGAAAUAAAUCCGUACAAUAAAAGAUACACAGUGCAUACUCUACAUAAAGUUGG